AGCGCUUGUCCUGUUUACGGCACGACAUCCGGGCUCCGGCUAGAAACUGACCUUGCCGGCAGAAUUAAUAGUCAAACAAUGCUGUCGACACUUGUGUCGAAGACCACACUGGUCAGACCCCUUGCCAACCUGAGGGCCAUUGUCCUUGCAAGACCAGCAGCAACCAGUGCUGUGGCUUCUGUUGAGUCCGGUGAAGAGAAUAAAGUGAAAGAGGUUUAUGAAAACUGGGAUGAUUAUCCCAAAUCAGUUAGGGAAGAGCUGCCUCUUUCUCAGAAGAUCCACUACUGGAAAAAAGCCAAUGAAAUCUUCUUUGGGCCUCAGCGGGAUGUGAAAAAUUUCCCGGACUUUGAGACUCCUGAUACGAUUAAGGAGAGCUAUAAUUUCUACAUGAUACCUAGCCGAUGGUUCACUGAAAGCUUGUAUCCUCGUCUUGGAGUAUCGGGUUGUUACUCACUGGUGGUCCUGUCGUCGCUGUUCAUUCUGAACAAGGAGCUGGUGGACAUGCAUGAAAUGACGGAACGCUUAACUACGGUCAUUGCCUUUGGCUUUGUGCUCACCAAACUUGGUUCCAUGUAUGGUGUUGCCUUAGAUAAAAAGAUCAAUCAACGCCGCAAAGAAGAUUAUGAGGAUCCCUUAAACAAUGCUCUGAGCACUUACAACACACAGAUCGCCGAUAUCACCACCAAGAUUGACACUACAAAGGCCAUCCCUAUCGUAUACGAGGCUAAACAGGAGACCCUCGACCUACAGCUCGAGUCUCAAUACAGACAGAGGAUUCAGGACGUUUAUGCAGCUGUGAAGAACAGGCUGGACUAUGCGGCAGCUAAGGAGGCAGCUGAACGGAAGUUCGAACAGGAGAUCAUGGUGAACUGGAUCGUAGAUGGGGUCAAGGCCGCCAUUACUCCCCAGUCCGAGAAACAAAACUUCAUGACCUGCAUCAAGAACCUUCAGGCACUCUCAAAGACCGCAACUGUUUAACGACGUUGUUUAGAGGACGCUUGAUGUGUUUUGUAGAAAUGUAAUUGAUACACAUUUUGAAACAAUUGACUUGACAUAUUUGAUGUCACUUAGAUAAUGGGACUCAAUUUAAAAACAAAGUGAUUAAAAGUAGUACUGGGAAUUAUCGAGUGAUAUUUUGUAGGAAAUGAAAUUCAUAUACAUUCAAAAUAGCUAGCCUAAAAAGUACGACUGAAAGUGCUUAAGUGUUUUAUGAUCCACUUGUGUCUAGAAUGGUCUUUUUAUUGAGAACUUGGAACAUCAUAUUUAUAUAAGAUUCAGAAAUGGAUAUAUAUUGAAAUAGAUUGGAAUGCUUGAAAUGUAUAAUUUAUGUUUUUGGUUGAAAAUAUUUUGGAAUGAAAA